AUGGCUGACGAUAAAGAAUUGAUGUCACGCGUAGAAGAAAUUCAAACUCUAGCUCAAACCAAUGAAGAUAUGAUGAAGCAAAUCGAUAAUAUGGGAUCAAGAGUAGUUAACCUUACGACCUACGUCAUAAGGUGCAACUACGGUAUAUUUACGGUUAAAGAAGUUCAGGAAGCUCAAAACGCAAAUCAGAUUGUCAACAACUGGCGUGAAAAUAUCCAGCUAACUGAAAUUGAAGAUAUAUUCAAUGACAAAAUUUCUUAUACUUGUUCUUCGUACGGGCAACUAAAAACAGUCAAUUCGGCUAUGGCUCGAGUCGUUAAAAAAUAUAAAUUGUUUGGAAGUAGUAGAACAGCUCUGGGCGAAAUUUACAAAUUCGCGAAGAACUUUCGUGUAAUAAAAGCAGUAUUAGAGAGAAUAAUUGCAUUACUUAACAAUGGUGGCGGUGGUCGUAUGGAUAAGAUACGAGAACGGUUGGACAAUCUUAACAAUGAAAUGAAAGCACUUCGUACUACAUAUACAAAUAUUCAAUUUUCUUAG